CGUGAUAUUUUGAGAGGGGCGAAGUGAAAUUUCCCGGAGAAAAAACAAAAAACAACAAAGAGAACGUUGAUGCUUAAUUGUUCCUUCUCGUCUCCUCCCUUUUUCUCCGUCAGAUUUCAAAUUUCGGCUUCUUCUUCAUCGAAGCAUUGAAUCGUACAUGUCUUCUGAGCUCCGGAGAUACACGUAAGAUUCAAGGGGAGAGAGAGAGAGAGAGAUGAUAACUCGAUCCAAUCUGGCGGAACAGCUGAGAGAGUACCAGAUUCGAUCGAAGUACGACUGGACAUCUUUCUCGGUUUUUUCAUCCACUUCUAAUCUCCACUUUUCACGGGUGGACGUUGUCAUCUUUGUGUUAUGGGAACUCAUCAUUUUAGCUUUCCUGGUGUUCUCAGCUGUUUCGUUAUAUUUCGGGCAUGUGAAGAUUGCGUUUAUCUUAGUUUGCAUCACAUUGCUGCUGCUUUUAUGCAUGAAAAUUACAAAGCAAGUAAGACUGGACAGGAAAAAGAAACGAAGGAUGCUUCUUCCAUUGUCGAUGUAGAGCUAUAUCAAGCUAUGAACUUUUUUCCCAAGCGAUCUCAGAUUUCUUUUGUAGAUUGUUAAAUUUUGACCAUUGCUUUUGGUCCAUCCUCUCUUUUUGUUUAUUGACAUAUGUAUUGAGCUAAAGUAAGCUCACUCAUUAAAUAGUAUAAUUGAUGCGGUUACUUCAACACAAAA